AUGUCGCCCAUCGUCGCCCGCGCCGCCAUCCGUGCCUCCACCCAGGCACAGGCUACCAGGCAGUUCUCCGUGAUGCGCACAAUGCGCAACGUGGCACGGUCGUUUGAGCCUCACCCAUUCCAGCGCCUGCCCAUCUCCAGCCAGACACAAAGCGCCAGCUGGGGCAAGCAGGUCAAGCGGGUCGGAUCCCAGGCCGUCGUUUUCGCAAGUGGCUUCACAGUCAUUCUGGGCUGGCCAUACUUUGCCGCCAAGGCUCUGGACGGCCGCAUCGGCGCUCUCUAG